UUACAUACCGCUUUCAAGGAUGCCCUUCGCGAGGCGAGACUGGUAGCGGCCACAUUCAGCCACUGUGAAGACACCUUUUUACGUUACUUCCAGAAAGACCAUCAAAACUUUGUCAGAGACCUAUUUCGAACAAUUGCCAACAUCCCCCUCAAAGCGGACAUUACUAAAGAUACGGUUCAGCAGUACUUGGCCCCUUCAAAGCUGGACCUUAAUCCUGACUUUGACAAGCUGUUCAUCUCAUUUGGAAAUAAUCCACACCUCACGCAAGCAGAGUUGCUUAUCAGCUCUUGCAAUGCAGAUGCCCCUGGCCAUCCCAAUCAACCUGAUGCUUUUAUCUUUAGUCGGCCGAACGGUAUCGCCUUGGUAUCACUCUGUCCCGAGCUGUUCACAUACCCAUCUCUUGACACGAUUGAGGACCCCCCUCCCGCUCUGAGAGAUCCUCCACCAGCCAGUACACCUUUCAUCGGCUUCACCUGCGACCGAUUGGGUGAUCAUGAUACCGACUGGAUGACCAGUCCAGGUGGAGUCCUCUUACACGAACUCAUGCACUGGGCUUACCUCUUCCGGAACGUGCCAAAUUUUGAUCUUUGGAUUCCGGACGGGUGGAUUGCUGACUACCGUGGUGACAAUCCAAAGACUGGAUACGGGCCCUUUUACGCUGAGCAGCUCCUGUUCUUUUCCACGAAAUGGAACCCGGCCAAGUUCCGACAAAACGAGGUGCUUCAAAAUGCCGAUAGUUAUGCUGUUUAUGCCCACUCCAAGUACUGGACUUUCUCCGAAGCCAAGGGG